CGUAAAGGAUAGGGGGUGGUUAGCGGCGCACUUUGUGUGUGACUAAGCGGUCGCUAUAACCGGCAGGAGGAGGAGCUGGGAAUCAAAGCCAACCGCGGCAUCGCCGCUAGGAGUCAACAAGUACCGACAAUAUGUCCUGUAAGAACAUUUACUACUCGGACAAAUACACAGACGAGAAGUAUGAGUACAGGCAUGUUAUGUUGCCAAAAGAGUUGGCAAAGCAAGUCCCAAAAACACAUCUGAUGUCAGAAGAAGAGUGGCGACGGCUUGGUGUACAGCAAAGCCUUGGUUGGGUCCAUUACAUGAUUCAUGAGCCAGAACCACAUAUUCUACUUUUUAGAAGACCCCUUCCAAAAGACCAACAGAAAUGAAACUACUUCUUUUGAAUCUUUUGUGGAAAUAUGUAUAUAUGGUAGUAUUCAGUGAAUACUUGGACAAUAUGGAUCUAUACAAACACAGCUGUGCACAAGCUGUAUUCUUAACAGCAAGUUAGUGCACUUGCCAGAUGGAGCUGCUAAAUGAUUGGUUUUCAUUUGUCUUUCUGAUGCUCCUAGUGUGCAUCAUUCCUUUACUUGUACCACUUGUUAAAUAAAGUUUACAUGUUGCAUGCAUGUCUGAUCUUA